ACAGAUGCUCUGGAGCUCCAAAAAAAGCUCUUCAAGCGCAUGGGCUUGGAUGUGCCAGAGGAAAAACGACAGACACAAAGGCGCCCAACCAAACAGAACAAGGAAUCAUUCAGCCAAAUAUCGCGUCGGAAAGCUCUGAGAGCGCAGAAAAGGACAAAGAGUCACCCGAAGCAGCCUACCUCUACGAAGAAAGUUGCCAAUGGGACCAGGUUCCAUCGCCCAGAACGAAAUUCUCAACGCCGGCCGGCUGCCCCAGUUAAAUUGGCAUCUAGCGAUGACCACCAGAGCGAUUCCGAUGGUCACACGUCACCACUGGAUGAAGAGGACGAGGAUAUCCUUGAAGAAUCCGACAGCGACGGCAGAAUCGAAGACGAGGAUGAUUUUGACUUAGACGACGACAGCCACUCUGACAGUGAUGAGGCAGAGAUACCAAAGACAGGAUCAUCCAAAUACGAUGGCCUUUCCAGUGCUGUCCGUGAAAAGCUUGCUCAAGAUGACAAAGAAAUUGAAGAAUUUGAAAAGAAGCUGCGUAUAAAGAAAGGAGCCUCCUCAUUGCCGAAGGCCUUCAGAGAUGAUGGGCUUGACGAAAUUCUGGGCGAUGUUGGAUCAGACUCCGAGACGAAUCAAGCCGAUGAGACGUUAAAACGGAAACGAAAUUACGAUGAUUGGUUAGCCUCAAAGAGAAGGAAAGCAAUGCCGGAGGCAGCCUCGACUUCUUUGGGCGAUUCCGAUGAAUCAGAGGGCUCAGAAGAAGAGGACGCUUUUGACUUCUCAGACGACGAAUCUGCGAAUCAGGACCAAGAAGAAGACUCAUCACAUCAACCCAAGGCCAGAGUGAAGGAAAAUCCUUAUGUGGCGCCUGCCACGGGGCCAGUGGUCGCCAAAUACGUGCCUCCGUCUUUGCGAAAAGCUGCCAACUCGAAUUCAGAAGCAAAGAUGCGACUGCAGAAACAGAUUCAAGGUUUGGUGAAUCGUCUGACGGAAGCGAAUAUUCUGGGCAUUGUCAAAUCUAUCGAGGAGUUAUAUCAACAGAAUGCCCGUGGCGAUGUCACAGAAAUUCUUACGAGUACAAUUCUGGCGCAGAUGUACAAAUCUUCAAGCAUUCCAGACCAGUUCUUGGUUCUUACAGGCGGCUUUUCCGCUGCAGUCUACAAAGUGAUUGGAUCCAGCUUUGGAUCACACCUUAUUCAACAAGUGGUGGUGAGCUUUGGGGAUUCUUAUAAACAUGCUACGCAAGAAGGGAUCGCUUUUGCGGAAAUUCCAAAGGAGUCCUCAAACAUACUUGGUUUUCUCACACAGCUGUACCUGUUCGAGGUUGUAAACUGCAAAAUAAUGUUUGAUUACAUGGAAAGAUUUCUCGCGGACCUGAAUGAGCUGAACGUUGAGCUUCUUCUACGCAUCUGCCGUAUGGCAGGUCGUCUUAUGCGGAGGGAUGACCCAAAUGCGCUGAAGCAUGUUACAUCCAUUUUAAACAAGGCAAUCAAUGAGGCUGGAUCCGCCGACCAGUCUGUGCGCACAAAGUUCAUGGUUGAGACGAUCAACGAUCUUGGCAAGAGCAAACCCAAGGCUCGAGGAUUAGAUUCUGCCGUUGUAUCGGACCACGUUCUCCGAAUUCGAAAGAAGCUCGGCGAGCUCAAAUCACAGUCUCGAAGACUUGAUGGUCUCGCACCGAUGGGAUUGAGCCUACUGGACAUUGAAAAGGCAGACACAAGGGGCAAAUGGUGGCUGGUAGGAGCAAGUGUUCCAGCGAAGGAGACUUAUCAAGAUGAGGAAAAGGAGUCGACAUCCGCACCCAAAAAGAAUGAUAUCGACUUGGCCGAUGACAAUGAGGACAUGGAUAUUGUGUUACCCGACUUUCCCAAGAAAGCUCGUGGCCAGGGCUUUCACACCUCAGCACAAAUAGCCAUCUUCACUGCCAUCAUGUCCGCGGCCGACUACGAACAUGGGUACCGCCAAUAUGCCAACCUUAAGCUGAGAAAGGAUGAUCAAGCUGAAAUUGCACGCGUGCUCGUGCAGUGCGUCGGGAGUGAGGCGAAUUACAAUGAAUACUACGCACUCGUGGGCAAGCAAGCCUGUACAAACAACAAAAUCAGGUUUGCCUUCCAAGACAGACUUUGGAAAAUCUUCCGAAGCCUUGGCGAGUUAAUGUUUGGCGAAGAGGCAGAAGACGAAGAAACUGCCGAUAGUGAGAAGAUGAAGGACGAGCGACGCAUUUGCCAUGUGGCUCGCUUCUACGCGGCCUUGAUAUUUGACGGCGCCUUGAAUAUCAACAUCCUAAAGCCUUUGAACCUACCAAGGCUGAAUCGGUGGACUCUCAUAUUUGUCGAGCAGCUCAUAGCUAGUCUACUGCAGGCCUGCCGGGGGAGCGAAGCCAAGGAGGGUGUCCGGGUAGCCAAGGUGUUUGGCGUGGUGGCAGAGGUACCGACGCUUGCAGCAGGCAUGGACUGGUUUCUUCGGAAGAAGCUACGAAAAAGCAAGCUGCUGACGUCGAAGGAGAUGAAGAAGUUGGAAAGGGCGCGGGCGACAGCUGAGGCCGUUGUCCAA